UGAUAUUUAUUACUGUAAACUCCUGGAGGCGGGACCUGAGCAAAGCAGGAACAGCUUUGAGCGUAGAGUAGGUUUAUUGAGGUCUGCCAUGCUGGCACCUCUUCUUCUUUCCUUGCUCCUGGCAUCAGGAAGUGAUGUCAAAGGGGAGGUGGAGGACAAGAAGCCCAACUUUGUCCUCAUGAUGGUGGACGACCUCGGGAUUGGGGACAUAGGAUGCUAUGGCAAUGAUACCAUCAGAACUCCCAACAUAGACAGACUGGCUUCAGAGGGAGUAAAACUGACCCAGUACAUUGCAGCAGCUCCUCUCUGCACUCCAAGCCGGGCUGCUGUGAUGACAGGCCGUUAUCCACUUCGCUCAGGGAUGGCUGGCACAGGCCGUGUCCAGGUAGUGUUGUUUCUCGGAGGUUCAGGGGGACUUCCACCUAAUGAGACUACCUUUGCUAAGAGGUUGCAGAAACAGGGAUACACCACCGGCCUAGUUGGUAAAUGGCACCUGGGUGUGAACUGUGAAUCCAGAGGUGAUCACUGUCAUCACCCAAACCAGCAUGGUUUCAGCUAUUUCUAUGGCCUGCCAUUCACCCUUUUUAAUGACUGCGUUCCUGGGGAGGGCAGCGAUGUGCUGGUAGAUCUUAGGCUUGCACUCCAACAUCUAACCCUACUUCUUGGACUGGGACUUCUUACAAUGGUGUGUGCCCGUCUCUCUGGGCUCCUUGAAGUUAGCCUUUGGCUACUGGUGCUACUAUUCUUUGUCAGUAUAGUAGCAGCAGCUGUGUGGUAUGUCCCCUUUGGGCUUCUUCAAACCUGGAACUGCAUCAUUAUGAGGAACCAAGAUGUGAUAGAACAGCCCAUGACAGUGGAGACACUGCCCCAGAGACUGCUGGCGGAAGCACAAAAUUUUAUAAAGAGGAAUGCUGAUCAUCCGUUCCUCCUCUUCUUCUCUUUGGCUCAUAUCCACACGCCUCUGUUCACAACGCCUGCCUUUGCUGGGAAGAGCCGCCAUGGUCGCUAUGGUGACAACCUAGAAGAAGUGGACUGGAUCAUUGGUAAAAUAACAGAAACUGUGGAUUCACUUGGCCUAGCCAACAAUACCUUCAUGCAUUUUACUUCAGACCAUGGUGGGCAUUUAGAAGAUUCUGAUUCUCGUAUCGGCCAGAAAGGAGGCUGGAACAGUAUAUAUAAAGGUGGGAAGGCGAUGGGGGGCUGGGAAGGGGGCAUCAGGGUGCCUGGUAUUUUUCGCUGGCCUGGCAGACUGGCAGCAGGAAGAGUAGUUGAUGAGCCUACAAGCCUCAUGGAUCUCUACCCCACCCUGAAAUACUUAGCCAAGGACACCCAGCCAGAUAGACAUUUAGAUGGCUAUAACCUCAUGCCACUGCUGGAGGGGAAAGCUGCACGAUCAAAGCAUGAAUUCAUGUUCCACUACUGCGGUGGGUACCUGAAUGCGGUACGGUGGCACCCAACUGAUAGCAACUCCAUCUUCAAGGUGCAUUUUUUCACGCCAAACUUCUUUCCGCCGGGCGCUGGGGGGUGCUAUGACACUAAGGUUUGCCUGUGUCAUGGCCAACAUGUGACCCACCAUAACCCACCGCUGCUGUAUGACAUUUUCCACGACCCUUCGGAGUCCCGACAACUGACCCCUGAGACUGAGCCUCGAUACGCUGAAAUCCUCCAGCAUUUUGCCAAAGCCGUAGAGAAACAUAAGGGCACCUUUCCAAGUAAAGAGGGAUCUGAUGAUGUUCAAGUUCAGACCAACACAAUUCAAAACCAAAUGAGCUGGGAAAAGAUUUUGUGGAGACCCUGGCUGCAGCCAUGCUGUGGGACCUUCCCUUUUUGUGGGUGCAAGGAAGACAAAAACAUUUAUAAAUAGGUUUCAGGUUAGUGAAGUUUUUCCUUGUUGACAUAUGUCUGCAGGUUUACUGUGUGAUGGUUUAACAAAGGAUGGAAAUAAUAAUAAUAAUAAUUCUUAUUUUACUGUUAUUUGACAAAAGUGAACCAUGUAUUUGGAAUUUGAGAAUUUCAGGGUGUGCAAUUAUUCUGUAUGUUCCAUGUUGUUUUUCCUAUCAAUUUGUUUUAGAAAUAAUGUGAUUAUGACUAUGUUUCUAUCAGUAAGAUAAAUUAAGAAAGAUAAUAAUAUAAUUUUAAAAGAGAGUAAUUUAAAUGUGAAACAAUAUGUAAACAGAAUAAGUCAAAUUACGUUGAUAUGAAUGAAGCAAUUUAAAGUACUGUGCUGAACAGUCAGUUUUUAUACUGUGUAAAUCAUUUAGUUUAUCCAGAGAAACUCCUUUUAGUUUGUAUUUUGUGGAGUACUUAUUCUUAUCCAGCAACCCAGAACAGGAACAUUUAGUUUAUAUACUUCACCCAGAACAGGAAUCAAACAUAUUAGUUAGAACAAAAAGAUCCAGAGAAACUCCUAUUAGUUUGUACAGAGAAACACCUGGUGUACUUAUUCUGCUUAACAACCCAGAACAGGAACAUUUAGUUUUAAACUGUACUCAGCACAGAUGAGGAAUUAGAACAAAAUCCAGAGAAACGUCUAUCUCUGGAUUCUCUGUAGGAUCUCCACAUAUAUUGUGGAGUACUAUUUCUUAUUUAUUAGAGAAUUCUAUUCCUAAUAGUUCAUAAUUGUGAAGUACUUUUAUUGGGUUUUUUGCUUCUGUUUUUUGUUUGUUUGUAUUUCUUCUAAUUCAUGUAAAGCGCUUUGAACUACAUUGUUGCUGAAAAGGUGCUGUAUAAAUAAAAUUACCUUACCUAAAAGGAUAUUUUCCCACAUUUUGUUGCAAGUCAGGCUCAUCCUUAUUGUACAGAAUGUUUUUUUAAUGUUCAUGAAAUAAAAACUGCAUUUUAUACUUGUUUGUAAAUUUAUAAAAGAAUAAAUAAAUAACAGUG